CAGACCAUGAGUUUUUCCCACUCAAAAAGGACAACGCGUCUGCAUUUAGAGGAACUUUCACAGGUUCAAAAUGUUAACCAGCUGGUUAACUUUCACAGCUGUUCUGGUCAGCUCAGCAAAUCCAGAGAGAGCAGCCAUUGGCCGGGGCACUCUGACUGUCACACCAACCUGCAGGGUCAAAGGUCAUCUUGAGGCAGAGCUGACUUUAAACUGUGGAGACGGAAAGAACGCAGGUGUGGUCCAGUACUGGCACACCCCCUUUGGAUACUACAAGACGCCUGGUUUCCACAGUAAACUGGACCCUGUCUUUAUGCACCAUGAUGGGAGUCUGGUGGUCCCCAACUCCAGCAUCCUGCACAUCGGCCUGUACUACUGCCUCCUGCAGCACACAGAGGGAAGCACGCUGUGGCCUUACCAGCUCCACAUUGGGCAUGACAAUCCAAAGAACCGGGAUCACAGCGAACACAAGCAGAGUGAUGAUGCAUUCAGGUUCAGGAGGGAUGUUGAGUCUUUGAAGGAGCAGCAAGGAGGAGUUUCAGAUGGUGUGUUUGCAGGAGCCGUUGCGGCAUCAGUGCUGCUGACGUUUGUGCUGGGCUUCAGUGCUGGAGCGCUGAGCAGGACUCAUGUUCUCAGGUGUUUAGGGGCAAUCACAAUGAAGUUUCGAUCAUCUGACCAACAACAAACUGACACAUCGGACCGCAGCAGUGUCACCAUGAUAACCCUGCCGCCCAUUUACGACAACCAGGCCUUCGAGAUGGAGCGGGUGUGGGACGACGCUGACUCUGCAAAUUGUGGAGCCAUGGAGACAACAAAUUCAUCAUCAACCUCUUCUCCUCCUGCCAAACCUCAGAGAAGCUUCCGGGAGAAACGACAGGAGGAGCAGGAAACUACAGCCUAUCUGGAGGGAUGUGACUACAGGAAAGAGGAGCAGAAAGCGAUGGAGGAGGAGGAGUUGGUGGCAGGAAGAAGUCUGGAGGAAAAUGACAAAGAGUGUGCUGGGGAGGCAGAGGAGGAGGAGGAAAGACAGAUCAGUGGUUUAUAUCUAUCAGGGGAGGAUGGUGGGAGACAAACUAAUGAAGACGAGUGCAGUGAGGGAGAAGAAGAGAGAGAUGAAAGAGAGGAAGAGGUGCAGGAGGCAGGUGAGCAGGACAAUAGGAGCAAGGAGGAUGGAGAGGAGAGGACGGAAGGUGAGGAGAAGGCAUGUGGUAAUAGGGAGAAAGGGAGUGAGGAGAAGGAAGAGGUAGAUGAUGGAGAACAGGAGAGGAGAGAUGGGAAGGAGGAGGAAGAUGAUGGAGAACAGGAGAAGAGAGAUGAGAAGGAGGAGGAAGAUGAUGGAGAACAGGAGAGGAGAGAUGAGAAGGAGGAGGAAGAUGAUCGACAACAGAAGGCAAGAGAGGAGGACAGAGAAACAGACAUUUCCAAUGAAGAAGAUGAGACAGACAGUAAAAGAGAAGGACCCUCUUCCUCCCCGGGCCCUCGCAGACGCGUCAUUCGCCUGUACCAGUAUGACGAGAGCGGCCAGCGAUAUCGUCACCUUCCAGAGCCCGCCCCCAGUGAGCCUGGCCCCGCCCCUAAGCUCAAACAGCGCUCCCUCUCUUUGACACGCCUAAACGCCAUCAUGGCCGCCGCCUCUGCAGGGCCCAUGGACACGAGAGAGACAGGCAGGGAGGAGAGGCCACACUUCCACAUGGAGAUAUAACAGAGGGUGGAAAAAAUGGCAUCGUGUCAGUUUAAGUGUACGCCAUAUUCAGAAUAUUUUAACUGUUUUACCUUGCUGUCAGACAGCCUUUUCCAAUGGGGAACUGAAGUCGUUAUCUGACCAGACUCCUUUGACAAAAACAGUAAUUUUAC